AUGAAACACAUUCCAAGUAAUGUUAAAGAUAAGUAUGAAAUACUUGGUAUUAUUGGUGAAGGUUCAUAUGGUGUAGUACUCAAAGCUCGAAAAAAAGAUACAAAUACAACAGUUGCUAUUAAACAUUUUAAACAAUCUCCAGGUUAUUGUACUGAUAUGGAUAUAAUUGAACGUGAAUUAAAAAUUCUUCAAUCCCUUCGAUUUGUAAAUGUUGUUGAAUUAAUUGAAUGGUUUCGUGAUAAAAAACAAUGUUUUCUUGUAUUUGAAUAUGUUGAAUGGAAUAUGUUACAAGUUUUACAAGAACAUCCUGAUGGUUUACCAUUAGAACAAGUACGUCAAUUAUCAUAUCAAUUAUUUAGUGCUAUACAUUGGUGUCAUACACAUGAAAUAAUUCAUCGUGAUAUCAAACCAGAAAAUUUACUUAUAUCAAAAAAUUUUGUAUUAAAAUUAUGUGAUUUUGGUUUUGCAAGAUUUUGUAAUACACAAACAUCAGCAGAUUAUUAUACUGAUUAUGUUGCAACACGAUGGUAUCGAUCACCAGAAUUACUUAUCGGGUAUGUAUGAAGAAUUUUGAAAACAAAAAAAAAAAAAAGAACAUUUUUAAAGAUAAUUCGAGUACUUAAAAAAGAAAAUUUUGCAAUUGUUUCAUUUAUCUUUCUUUACUUUACUAAAAUAUUAUUAACAUUCAUGGUCAACAAUGACAUCAUUUAACCUUUGAAUCAGGUUCUUCUCCUUUCUUUUUUGCUCUUUCAAUUGUUCAAGUUUAUUCAAAUGUCUCUACUGAUAAAGAAUAUUACUUUGUACUUUUUAAGAGCAAAUCAAUUUGUAAGAAAAAAAAAUUGUACAAUACAUAACUUGAAACAAAUUUCGAGAAUUGAAAUAACUUCGAAAUAUUUUUAAAGGUUUCGUAUGCAUGUACGAAACCUUUAAGUAAUAUUUCCUUGUUGUAUGAGAAGUAUUUUCAAGAGUUUAGUAUAUUAGUACGAAACCUUUAAAAGGAUUCUGAGUUCGUUUCAAUUCGCGGAACUCUUUUCUUUUCAAUUUAGACUAUAU